CAGGUAGUUAAGGAUUUCACAUUCAGGCUUUCAGUUCUUUGAAGUCGAUCUACUGAGGUCUAACAUGUCGAUAGAUGAGACUGAAUUAUUGUUUGAAGGCUUCCUGCAGAAAAGAAAAGAUACUAUGAAACUAAGAUGGGUGACUUAUUGGUUCAGGCUUCAAAAUACAACCUUGUUCUUCUAUACACAGAAGAAUGGCACCGCUUCACAUUUGAGAGGCUAUUACUACAUUUACACGGUCCAGUCAGUGCGAGAGAUCCAGAGAGUUGACGGCAAGCGCUUUAUGUUUGAGAUCAUCAUGACCAAUGGAAAGAAGAAAGUGUUGGCAACAGAGACGGCCGUUCUCAGAAAGGAGUGGGUAGGACACCUUUGGCAGGCCAUGAAUCUUUCUACCUCUGGGGUUUCAGUCUCCAGAAGUACACACCUGGAAGUGUUAGAGCAGCGAGAGAGAAUAAACAGAAGCGCACUUAUCUACUCACAGACUGAGAGUGUGAUGGAGUCGCUUCCUGCUCGGCCCCUCUCAGCGCCUGCCCCUACAGACCACAUCCACCAUGAGAUCUGGAGCAUCGUCUCCCCCAUCUGUCCGUCUGAGGAGCCGAACAGUGAGGAGGCAACGCACCGAAACACACUUCCAGCCUGUAGCUACCAGCAACACAACGGUGACGGCUGCAACAGUUCACAAUGGUCCAGUGGAUUGAACAAUGCAGAGGCCAUACAAGAAGGAGACUACGACAUUUUACCAUUUGGAAACAAGGUGCGUGAGAUCAACGCGUCAACAGAGAUGGACGAGGGCGUGUAUGACUUCCCUCUCUCUUACAGGAGGGCUGCUGAACAUCCGAACCCCACCGAGAGCAUCUAUGAUGUACCGAGCUCUCUUGUGAGGAGAAUACCUGAUCACACUUUAGAGGAGCAGCCGGAGGACGGAGUCUACUGGAGGAUAUGAGGUCACGAGUCAUACACUGGAGGGUAGCAGGAGCCACGUAUGACUCACCAUACAUGCAACUUUCAGACCAGACACAGAACACUGUUGCUGCAGAAUAAGUUUUGUAUGCUAGACAACAUGCACAACCACAAAUAGGGUUCAACUGUGGUAUUUAUUCCAGCUCCUUCUACACAAGACAGAACAGUCAUUUAUAACAGAAAUGUCAACACAUACACACUGUGGGUCACUCACACUAUGGUUCACAACAAUAGAAUUACUCAUUUACAUGUUACCUGUUUCACAGUUUAAAGUAUACACCACCAACCAUAUUGCUGUAUUACACACUUUGGACUGGUUUGAAUGGGAAUGGUUCUAAACCCUGGGUUUAAUGGAAUAUAUAAAACGUGUUGCAGGUACAA